AAAUUAAAACAGCUACCCAUUGUUACAUACACAAAGCUACCCUCGCGGGACAGCUUUUCUGCUUAUCGCGUCACAUCGAAAUUAAAACAGCUACCCAUUGUUACAUACACAAAGCUACCCUCGCGGGACAGCUUUUGCGCUUAUCGCGUCACAUCGGGGGAACCAGUAAACAGUGAAAUCCUCAAAGCCUUCAGUGACCAUAUUUUUCUAGACUUGCAAGAUGGAGCCUUCGCUGAUUGUGCAGUAUGUCCAAGGAUGCUGCAGGAGGAUUGUGAAAAGUAA